AUCUCAAAUUUCUAUUUUUAGAUAGCGCAAGCGUAACUAGUUUCCAAAACGCCAUAUUUUUAUUUUAUUGUUGUGUAUUGUAAAAGGGGGCCCUAGACAUAGAUUUGUUAUGUAAAAAUUGAAAUUAACAAUGAUUUUAUUAUAAUGUAAUAUAGGGAAAAUGAAGUUACGUUAAUGAAUUAGGGCUUGAAAAUAGAAACAGAAUGGGAGCUUUUCUUGAUAAACCAAAGACAGACAAGUUUCAGGAAUGCGGGGAAGGUAAUGGCAUUCGAUAUGGGGUUGCGAGCAUGCAGGGUUGGCGUGUGGAGAUGGAAGAUGCUCACAUGGCCAAAACCAACCUAGGAGAAGCUCUGAAGGAUUGGUCUUAUUUUGCUGUGUUUGAUGGUCACGCUGGAGCCAAAGUGUCGGCACACUGUGCUGAACAUUUAUUGGAUACAAUUAUGGCUACAGAAGAUUUUCACGAAGACGUUUUAAAGGCCAUUCACAAGGGAUUCUUGGAACUGGACAGUAAGAUGAGGAGCCUACCUGAAAUGACUUCGGGCGAGGACAAAAGUGGGACAACAGCCGUUUGCGCAUUCGUGUCUCCACGUUCAAUAUAUGUGGCCAAUUGUGGAGAUUCGCGUGCCGUGUUGUGUCGAGGCGGAGCCCCUAUCUUUACCACUCUCGAUCAUAAACCUGGACUUCCUACAGAAAAAGAUCGAAUCGUCAAAGCCGGGGGUUCCGUGAUGAUCCAGAGGGUGAACGGGAGUUUGGCUGUUAGCAGAGCACUGGGAGAUUUUGAGUACAAAAAUGUCGAAGGUCGCGGGCCUUGCGAACAACUGGUGUCACCGGAACCUGAGAUUUUCGUCAGGGAAAGGGAUGAUACAUCGGAUGAGUUCCUCGUUUUGGCUUGUGACGGUAUUUGGGAUGUCAUGAGCAAUGAAGACUUGUGUGCAUAUAUCCACAGCAGGCUGUGUAUUACAGAUAAUUUACAAGAAGUUACCGGUCAAGUUAUUGACACUUGUUUGUACAAGGGCAGUCGUGAUAAUAUGAGCAUCGUCUUAGUAGUAUUUCCUGGUGCCCCCUCACCUACCCCUGAGGCCAUACAGGCUGAAAAAGAACUAGAUGAAACCAUUGAAAGGCACAUUAGAGAUAUUGUAAAGCAAAGCGAAGAUAGGGAUUUUUCUCUUAUCCUCGACAAACUUAUGUCUGUCAAUAUCGAAGGUUUACCUCCAGGUGGAGGAUUAGCUUCAAAGCGCUCAUUGAUUGAACAAAUUUUCAGAGAGCUUUGCCCAGAUCAAGCCGAAACUGUAAGUCUGAGUUAUUGCAUUAAUUUUUGAUUUACGAACUGUUUUUUUGUCAUUGUUGUGAUCGUUUGUUGCUAUACCUCACAAUUAAUCCUUUAAUUAAUUAGAUUUCGGGUAUUAUGUAUGUGGCUAACUGGUGGGGAAGGACAAGGGCUUUCUUUCUUCAUGAAUGUGAUACAUUUUCGGAGAAUUCCUCAAAAAUUUAUGGUAUAAAAAUGUGAUGAAAUGUUUAGGCAAGAGACAAACUGUCUUUUAUGUCAUAUCGGUGAUGAAGAAAAUUAUGAUUUAUUUAUGUAUUGUACGUUUUUUACUCGUGAUUAAAAAAUGAAGUUCUUGGUUUUAUUUCUCAAAACUUA